UGUUCGCGGAUAGAAAUUAAGCCAAAGAUUAUCGGCGGAAAUCCCGCAGAUAUCAGUCAAUUUCCAUAUCAGGUAUUAAUAGAAAUAUAUAUAAAUAAUAAUAAAUAUUUCUAUUGCGGCGGAUCUAUCAUAAGUCCCGAUUGGAUUCUCACUGCUUCUAAUUGUUUUGAUAAGAAACCUCAAAACAAUAUACUAGUAAUAGCUGGUCGGACACUAUUUCAUAGUAAUGAUGGUGUUAUCCGUAAAGCCAGUCAAAUAAUACAACACGAUAACUAUGAUCCGUCCGAUCAAAUUGUCAACGAUAUAGCAUUGGUUAGAUUGGAUCAACCAUUUGAAUACAGUAAUACUAUUCAAUCGAUUUCGUUGAUCGACAGUCCAGUUCCCGACGGAACGUCGGUCACUAUUAGCGGUUGGGGUACCAGUUCUGCAACAGAUAUUCAUCCGACACAACAAUUACAAUAUCUGAAUGAAUUUAUUUACAAUUUGAAUAAAUGUGAAAAUCUUUACAAACAGUUAAAAAUAUCAGACAAUAAUAUUUGCUCAGUAAAUACCAACAGCGGAACCUGUAUUGUUAGUACAGGUGAUUCUGGUGGUCCACUAGUAGCUAAUGGAAAUUUAAUUGGUGUGUUAUCUGCUAAUCCCCGUCCCUGUGCUAACGGUAAUCCCGAUAUUUAUAUGAGUGUCGCAGCAUAUCGUUCGUGGAUUCAACAAAAAUCAGAAAUUUAA